CCAAACACAAUUCAAGCAAGACCGAAAUAAUGCUCUUCUACUCGUUCUUCAAGACGCUGGUCGGCAAGGAGGUGGCCGUGGAGCUCAAGAACGACGUAGCUCUCAUGGGUGUGCUCGACUCGGUGGAUCAGUAUCUCAACAUCAAGCUACUCAACGUGUCGGUCGUGGAAGGCGACAAAUUCCCGCAGCUGAUGAACAUGAAGAAUUGCUUUAUUCGCGGAAGCUCCAUCCGCUAUGUGCAGAUUCCGGCGGGAGAAGUGGACACGGAGUUGCUGCAGGACGCGGCGCGUCGUGAGGCCACCGCCAACAAACAGACCUAGAUAACGCAAAAGAUGGUUAGAAUAUCGUAAUAGGACCACGAGCGUUUGAUUCACGAGCUCUCGCGCAAUCCGCUUCAUAGAAAUAUCUUGUUGUGCAGGUUUUGGAGGACGGCAUCGGUGUUGGGCGCUAAGGCUGGAAAACACUGUUCGUGAUACUGCAAAAGCUGGAACCAAAGAUUAUAGAGCCAACAUUGAUGGAUUGGGACCAAGCAGAUAGACUCGUUGCACCAACGCUGUGACACCAUGCGCAUAACGUGGGUAUUUCGUUCUGGCGUUGGCAAGUGUGGAAAACUGCGCUUCGAUGGCGGCAAUAAGCGCCGCAAUCCAAGUUCCGAUUUCGCGAAGGGCUCAACGUGGACAAAAAAGAAAACGUCAGCAUACAUGCACAACCAAGCAACAUUUGUGAUAAGUAUCAAGACCUUUAUCGUCUCGCGCAUCAAUGCGUAUGAGGCUUCUAUAAGAAACAAAAGAAAAGAAGUAAACAAGCCACUUUUUAUCGUCAUCAUCAUCAAGCAGCAUUUCUGAUUGUCGAGCACAGUUUUGUCGACAAAAAAUAAACUGAGCACUGAUCAAAGCUG